AUGGCCCGGAGAGAAAGGCUGCAGAGGAUCCCAAGAAGCAGAAGAAGCAAAGGCAAAGUAGCCCGGAGAGAGGCUGCAGAGGAUCCCAGUAAGACGAAGAAGAAGCAAAGGCAAAGUAGCCCGGAGAGAAACGCUGCAGAGGAUCCCAAGAAGAAGAAGCAAAGGCAAAGUAGCCCGGAGAGAAACGCUGCAGAGGAUCCCAAGAAGAAGAAGAAGCAAAGGCAAAGUAGCCCGGAGAGAAAGGCUGCAGAGGAUCCCAAGAAGAAGAAACAAGGGCAAAGUAGCCCGGAGAGAAAGGCUGCAGAGGAUCCCAAAAAGAAGAAGAAGAAGCAAAGGCAAAGUAGCCCGGAAAGAACGGCUGCAGAGGAUUCCAAGAAGAAGAAGAAGGAGCAAAGGCAAAAUAGCCCGGAGAGAAAGGCUGCAGAGGAUCCCAAGAAGAAGAAGAAGCAAAGGCAAAGUAGCCCGGAGAGAAAGGCUGCAGAGGAUCCCAAGAAAAAGAAGAAGCAAAGACAAAAAAAUCCGGAGAGAAAGGCUGCAGAGGAUCCCAAGAAGAAGAAGAAGCAAAGGCAAAGUAGCCCGGAGAGAAAGGCUGCAGAGGAUCCCAAGAAGAAGAAGAAGCAAAGGCAAAGUAGCCCGGAGAGAAAGGCGGCAGAGGAUCCCAAGAAGAAGAAGAAGCAAAGGCAAAAUAGCCCGGAGAGAAAGGCUGCAGAGGAUCCCAAGGAGAAGAAGAAGCAAAGGCAAAGCAGCCCGGAGAGAAAGGCUGCAGAGGAUCCCAAGAAGAAGAAGAAGCAAAGGCAAAGUAGCCCGGAGAGAAAGGCUGCAGAGGAUCCCAAGAAGAAGAAGAAGAAGAAGAAGCAAAAUAGCCCGGAGAGAAAGGCUGCAGAAGAUCCCAAGAAGAAGAAGCAAAGGCAAAGUAGCCCGGAGAGAAAGGCUGCAGAGGACUCCAAGAAGAAGAAGAAGCAAAGGCAAAAUAGCCCGGAGAGAAAGGCUGCAGAGGAUCCCAAGAAGAAGAAGAAGCAAAGGCAAAAUAGCCCGGAGAGAAAGACUGCAGAAGAUCCCAAGAAGAAGAAGAAGCAAAGGCAAAAGAGCCCGGAGAGAAACAUUGCAGAGGAUCCCAAGAAGAAGAAGAAGCAAAGGCAAAGUAGCCCGGAGAGAAAGAUUGCAGAGGCUGCAGAGGAUCCCAAGAAGAAGAAGAAGCAAAGGCAAAAUAGCCCGGAGAGAAAGACUGCAGAGGCUGCAGAGGAUCCCAAGAAGAAGAAGAAGCAAAGGCAAAGUAGCCCGGAGAGAAAGGCUGCAGAGGAUCCCAAGAAGAAGAAGAAGCAAAAGCAAAGUAGCCCGGAGAGAAAGAUUGCAGAGGAUCCCAAGAAGAAGAAGCAAAGGCAAAGUAGCCCGGAGAAAGAUUGUAGAGGAUCCCAAGAAGAAGAAGCAAGUAGCCCGGAGAGAAAGGCUGCAGAGGAUCCCAAGAAGAAGAAGAAGCAAAGGCAAAGUAGCCCGGAGAGAAAGACUGCAGAGGAUCCCAAGAAGAAGCACGGAGAGAAAGGCUGCAGAGGUCCCAAGACAAAGAAGAAGCAAAGGCAAAAAAGCCCGGAGAGAAAGGCUGCAGAUGAGCCCAAGAACAAGAAGAAGAAGCAAAGGCUAAGUAGUCCGGAGAGAAAGGCUGUAGAGGAUCCCAAGAAGAAGAAGAAGCAAAGGCAAAAUAGCCCGGAGAGAAAGGCUGCAGAGGAUCCCAAGAAAAAGAAGAAGCAAAGGCAAAAAAGCCCGGAGAGAAAGGCUGCAGAGGAUCCCAAGAACAAGAAGAAGAAGCAAAGGCAAAAGAGUCCGGAGAGAAAGGCUGCAGAGGACCACAAGAAGAAGAAGCAAAGGCAAAAUAGCCCGGAGAGAAAGGCUGCAGAGGAUCCCAAGAAGAAGAAGCAAAGGCAAAGUAGCCCGGAGAGAAAGACUGCAGAGGAUCUCAAGAAGAAGAAGAAGAAGAAGCAAAGGCAAAGUAGCCCGGAGAGAAAGGCUGCAGAGGAUCUCAAGAAGAAGAAGAAGCAAAGGCAAAGUAGCUCGGAGAGAAAGGCUGCAGAGGAUCCCAAGAAGAAGAAGAAGAAGGAAAGGCAAAAUUGCCCGGAGAGAAAGGCUGCAGAGGAUCCCAAGAAGAAGAAGCAAAGGCAAAACAACCCGGAGAGAAAGGCUGCAGAGGAUCCCAAGAAGAAGAAGAAGCAAAGGCAAAGUAGCCCGGAACGAAAGGCUGCAGAGGAUCCCAACAAGAAGAAGAAAAAGAAGAAGAAGAAGAAGCAAAGGCAAAGUAGUCCGGAGAGAAAGGCUGCAGAGGAUCACAAGAAGAAGAAGAAGCAAAGGCAAAAGAGCCCGGCUGCAGAGGAUCCCAAGAAGAAGAAGAAUAAGAAGAAGCAAAGGCAAGCAAGACCGGAGAGAAAGGUUGCAGAGGAUACCAAGAAGAAGAAGAAGCAAAGACAAAAUAAUCCGGAGAGAAAGGCUGUAGAAGAUCCCAAGAAGAAGAAGCAAAGGCAAAGUAGCCCGGAGAGAAAGGCUGCAGAGGAUCCCAAGAAGAAGCAGAAGCAAAGGCAAAGUAGCCCGGAGAGAAAAGCUGCAGAGGAUCCCAAGAAGAAGAAGAAGCAAAGGCAAAGUAGCCCGGAGAGAAAGGCUGCAGAGGAUCCCAAGAAGAAGAAGAAGCAAAGGCAAAGUAGCCGGGAGAGAAAGAUUGCAGAGGAUCCCAAGAAGAAGAAGAAGCAAAGGCAAAGUAGCCCGGAGAGAAAGGCUGCAGAGGAUCCUAAGAAAAAGAAGAAGCAAAGACAAAAAAGUCCGGAGAGAAAGGUUGCAGAGGAUUCCAAGAAGAAGAAGAAGAAGAAGAAGAAGCACAGGCAAAGUAGCCCGGAGAGAAAGGCUGCAGAGGAUCCCAAGAAGAAGAAGCAAAGGCAAAGUAGCCCGGAGAGAAAGGCUGCAGAGGAUCACAAGAAGAAGAAGCAAAGGCAAAGUAGCCCGGAGAGAAAGUCUGCAGAGGAUCCCAAGAAGAAGAUUAAGCAAAGGCAAAGUAGCCCGGAGAAAGAUUGUAGAGGAUCCCAAGAAGAAGAAGCAAACCAAAGUAGCCCGGAGAGAAAGGCUGCAGAGGAUCUCAAGAAGAAGAAGAAGCAAAGGCAAAGUAGCACGGAGAGAAAGGCUGCAGAGGAUCCCAAGAAGAAGAAGAAGCAAAGUCAAAAUAGUCCGGAGAGAAAGGCUGUAGAGGAUCCCAAGAAGAAGAAGCAAAGGCAAAAUAGCCCGGAGAGAAACGCUGCAGAGGAUCCCAAGAAGAAGAAGCAGCAAAGCCAAAAUAGCCCGGAGAGAAAGGCUGCAGAGGAUCCCAAGAAGAAGAAGAAGCAAAGGCAAAGUAGCCCGGAGAGAAAGGUUACAGAGGAUCCCAUCAAGAAGAAGAAGCAAAGGCAAAGUAGCCCGGAGAGAAAGGCUGCAGAGGAUCCCAAGAAGAAGCAAAGGCAAAGUAGCCCGGAAAGAAAGGCUACAGAGGAUCCCAAGAAGAAGAAGAAGAAGCAAAAGCAAAUAAGGCCGGAGAGAAAUGCUGAGGAUCCCAAGAAGAAGAAGAAGCAAAGGCAAAAUAGCCCGGAGAGAAAGGCUGCAGAGGAUCCCAAGGAGAAGAAGAAGCAAAGGCAAAGUAGCCCGGAGAGAAAGGCUGCAGAGGAUCCCAAGAAGAAGAAGAAGCAAAGGCAAAACAACCCGGAGAGAAAGGUUGCAGAGGAUCCCAGGAAGAAGAAGAAGAAGCAAAGGCAAAGUAGCCCGGAGAGAAAGGCUGUAGAGGAUCCCAAGAAGAAGAAGCAAAGGCUAAGUAGUCCGGAGAGAAAGGCUGCAGAGGAUCCCAAGAAGAAGAAGAAGCAAAGGCAAAGUAGCCCGGAGAGAAAGAUUGCAGAGGAUCCCAAGAAGAAGAAGAAGAAGCAAAGGCAAAGUAGCCCGGAGAGAAAGGCUGCAGAGGAUCCCAGGAAGAAGAAGAAGCUAAGGCAAAAUAGGCAAAGUAGCCCGGAGAGAAAGGCUGCAGAGGAUCCUAAGAAGAAGAAGAAGAAGCAAAGUCAAAGUAGCCCGGAGAGAAAGGCUGCAGAGGAUACCAAGAAGAAGAAGAAGAAGAAGCAAAGGCAAGUUGCAGAGGAUCCCAAGAAGACGAAGAAGCAAAGGCAAAGUAGCCCGGAGAGAAAGGCUGCAGAGGAUCCCAAGAAGAAGAAGCAAAGGCAAAGUAGCCCGGAGAGAAGGGCUGCAGAGGAUCCCAAGAAGAAGAAGAAGCAAAGGCAAAGUAGUCCGGAGAGAAAGGCUAUAGAGGAUCCCAAGAAGAAGAAGCAAAGGCAAAGUAGCCAGGAGAGAAGGGCUACAGAGGAUCCCAAGAAGAAGAAGAAAAAGAAGAAGAACAAGAAGCAAAGGCAAAGUAGCCCGGAGAGAAAGGCUGCAGAGGAUCCCAAGAAGAAGAAGCCAAGGCAAAGUAGCCCGGAGAGAAAGGCUGCAGAGGAUCCCAAGAAGAAGAAGAAGAAGAAGCAAAGGCAAAGUAGCCCGGCUGCAUUGGAUCCCAAGAAGAAGAAGCAAAGGCAAAGUAGCCCGGAGAGAAAGGCUGCAGAGGAUCCCAAGAAGAAGAAGAAGCAAAGGCAAAAUAGCCCGGAGAGAAAGGCUGCAGAGGAUGAUCCCAAGAAGAAGAAGAAGCAAAGACAAAAUAGCCCGGAGAGAAAGGCUGCAGAGGAAGAAGCAAAGGCAAAGUGCCCGGAGAGAAAGGCUGCAGAGGAUCCCAAGAAGAAGCAAAGACAAAGUAGCCCGGAGAGAAAGGCUGCAGAGGAUCCCAAGAAGAAGAAGCAAAGGCAAAGUAGCCCGGAGGGAAAGGUUGCAGAAGAUCCCAAGAAGAAGAAGAAGCCAUUGCAAAGUAGCCCGGAGAGAAAGGCUGCAGAGGAUCCCAAGAAGAAGAAGAAGCAAAGGCAAAGUAGCCCGGAGAGAAAGGCUGCAGAGGAUCCCAAGAAGAAGAAGAAGCGAAGGCAAAGUAGCCCGGAGAGAAAGGCUGCAGAGUAUCCCAAGAAGAAGAAGCAAAGGCAAAAUAGCCCGGAGAGAAAGGCUGCAGAGGAUCCCAAGAAGAAGAAGAAGCAAAGGCAAAAUAGCCCGGAGAGAAAGGCUGCAGAGUAUCCCAAGAAGAAGAAGAAGAAGCAAAAGCAAAGUAGCCCGGAGAGCAAGGAUGCAGAGGAUCCCAAGAAGAAGAAGAAGCAAAGGCAAAGUAGCCCGGAGGGAAAGGCUGCAGAGGAUCCCAAGAAGAAGAAGAAGAAGAAACAAAGGCAAAGUAGCCCGGAGAGAAAGGCUGCAGAGGAUCCCAAGAAGAAGAAGAAGAAAAGGCAAAGUAGCCCGGAGAGAAAGGCUGCAGAGGAUCCCAAGAAGAAGAAGAAGCAAAGGCAAAGUGUUGGUAGCCCGGAGAGAAAGGCUGCAGAGGAUCCCAAGAAGAAGAAGCAAAGGCAAAGUAGCCCGGAGAGAAAGGCUGCAGAGGAUCCCAAGAAGAAGAAGAAGCAAAGGCAACGUAGCCCGGAGAGAAAGGCUGCAGAGGAUUCCAAGAAGAAGAAGAAGCAAAGGCAAAAAAGUCCGGAGAGAAAGGCUGCAGAGGAUCCCAAGAAGAAGAAGAAGAAGCAAAGAAAAAGUAGCCCGGAGAGAAAGGCUGCAGAGGAUCCCAAGAAGAAGAAGAAGCAAAGGCAAAUGAGCCCGGAGAGAAAGGCUGCAGAGGAUCCCAAGAAGAAGAAGAAGCAAAGGCAAAGUAGCCCGCAGAGAAAGGCUGCAGAGGAUCCCAAGAAGAAGAAGCAAAGGCAAAGUAGCCCGGAGAGAAAGGCUGCAUUGGAUCCCAAGAAGAAGAAGAAGAAGCAAAGGCAAAGUAGCCCGGAGAGAAAGGCUGUAGAGGAUCCCAAGAAGAAGAAGCCAAGGCAAAGUAGUCCGGAGAGAAAGGCUGCAGAGGAUCCCAAGAACAAGAAGAAGCAAAGGCAAAGUAGCCCGGAGAGAAAGGCUAUAGAGGGUCCCAAGAAGAAGGAGCAAAGGCAAAGUAUUGGUAGCCCGGAGAGAAAGGCUGCUUUGGAUCCCAAGAAGAAGAAGAAGCAAAGGCAAAGUAGCCCGGAGAGAAAGGCUACAGAGGAUCCCAAGAAGAAGAAGCAAAGGCAAAGUAGCCCGCAGAGAAAGGCUGCAGAGGAUCCCAAGAAGAAGAAGAAAACGAAGAAGAAGAAGAAGCAAAGGCAAAAAAGCCCGGAGGGAAAGGCUGCACAGGAUCCCAAGAAGAAGAAGCCAAGGCAAAGUAGCCCGGAGAGAAAGGCUGCAGAGGAUUUCAAGAAGAAGAAGCAAAGGCAAAGUAGCCCGGAGAGAAAGGCUGCAGAGGAUCCCAAGAAAAAGAAGAAGCAAAGGCAAAGUAGCCCGGAGAGAAAGGCUGCAGAGGAUCCCAAGAAGAAGAAGAAGCAAAGGCAAAGUAGCCCGGAGAGAAAG